AUGGGGAGGGGUCCAGAGGAUAGGACGGGAGGCAAGGAUAGUAAGGGGAGAAAGGGAGCUUGUAGGUUGAGGAUCAGGUCAUGGAAUAUAGGAACGUUGACGGGUAAGUCUAUUGAGCUGGCGAAGAUUCUCCAGAAGCGAAAAGUAAAUAUAGCUUGUGUCCAUGAGACUAGGUGGGUAGGGUCGAAGGCAAGAAAUAUGGACGGGUAUAAGCUGUUGUACUCUGGAGUCGUGAGGGGUAAGAAUGGAGUGGGUAUCUUGGUGGAUAGGGAUCUUAGAGAGUCGGUGGUUGAGGUUAGGCAGGUGCAUGACAGACUAAUGUUUAUUAAGUUGGUGAUUGGUGAGUGCACCCUCAAUGUUGUUAGCGCUUACGCGCCGCAAGCGGGCUUGGAUGAGGAGGUUAAAAGGUGUUUCUAG